GAGACUCAUCUUCAUCAUCAGGGCCUGAACCCAAGUGGGGGUCCUCCGCUGCAGUUGCCAUCCUCCAGUUGAAACUCCAGCUUUAGGAAUGGUCACUGGGCUGAAAUUAGCCUGUGGGACGUGGCUGGACCUGUCUUGACAGAUUGACCCCCUCUUGACCAGAGGAGCCUGAGGAGAGAUCCCACUGCAAUUGAACAGCUGUCCUCAUCUGCCCAGAGAAGAAAAGGAUCGGGUGCAAAGCAUAGACUCUCAGGCAGGAUGGUAGAAAACUUUAUCUGACGCCUUUUAACUUUUUCUCUCUCUGUUAAUUGAAUAAAAAAACAACAACAAAAGGAUCAGGAACAGAUUCUUAAAUAGGGAGAAAAGAGUGAGACAGAAUUUAAGGUGAAGAAAAAGGAGCCACAUUGGGAUCAUUUCAAGAGCAACGGAAGAUGAAGACUUUGGCAAAAGUGCAAGAGAGGACUGGACAACUUCUAGGAUACAGGGUUGAUAAAAUUUCAGACACCAGCAAGGAUAAACUGUUGGCGGAUGAGAACAAUCAGGACAUCAGGAUGGAGUUAAACUGGGCCAGGAAGUCCAGUGUGGCCACAGGAUACAAAGCAGAGUCGUACUCAGCGGCGGGCAGUGACGGCAGUAUUACCCCAUCAGUGGGCUCUGUGCCCCAUCAGGCCUCAGGCAACUCCAGCCCCUGCUCACACACCUCGUCUGGAGGAUCACGGCACCCGGUCAGUGCCCUGAAGAAAUGGCUCACCAAUCCUGUCCGCAAGCUCAGCUCUGAUGCCAGAGGAGGAGCGGGGAAAGCAGAGAAGCAGAUGUGCAGGUCAGAUGGGAGGCAGCCGCCAUCGCUCCUUUCCCAUGGCGAAGCUCAACCAAGGUCCCUGGAACAGCACGACAACUACACCAUCCUCCCCUCUGAAGACCGAGACACAGUGAGCGUGUGUAAAGACAGUGUGUUGAGCCCAGCAUCUCCUCCUGCACAGCCCUCCGGUCAGAGCCACUUAUCUGAUGUCCUGCAAGGCAGAGACACACAGAGUCUAAGCCACAAAUCCAGCAUCAACACUCUCCAAGGUGACGACAGCUGUACUGUGACUGAUGAUUCAGGGAGUCAGUGGUCUGCUAUAGUGGACAGCGAGGAGGAGAGAAACAUGGCCUUAGAGAAGAGCAUAUAUGUGCUGACAGAGCUAAUAGAGACUGAAAGGUUGUAUGUGGAAGAUCUUGGACUCAUAGUGCAGGGCUACAUGGCGUCUAUGACCAAUCAGGGAGUUCCAGAGGAUAUGAAGGGGAAGGACAGGAUUGUGUUUGGAAACAUCCACCAGAUCUAUGACUGGCAUAAGGACUAUUUCCUGGGCGAGCUGGAGAAAUGUGUGGGUGAUCCAGACAGCUUGGCUCAGCUCUUCAUCAAACAUGAGCGACGACUUCACAUGUAUGUUGUUUACUGUCAGAACAAACCCAAGUCAGAGCACAUCGUCUCUGAGUACAUUGAGACCUACUUUGAGGAUCUCAGGCAGCAGUUGGGUCACAGGCUGCAGCUCAAUGACCUGCUCAUCAAACCUGUUCAGCGGAUCAUGAAGUAUCAGCUGCUGCUGAAGGACUUCUUGAAGUACUACAACAAAGCAGGAAGGGAUGUUGAGGAGCUGCAGAGGGCAGUGGAAGUGAUGUGUUUUGUGCCUAAACGCUGCAAUGAUAUGAUGAAUGUGGGCAGGCUCCAAGGUUUUGAGGGGAAAAUCACAGCUCAGGGGAAGCUGCUCCAGCAGGAUACCUUCUCUGUCAGCGAACAGGAAGGCGGCUUCCUGUCCAGAGCCAAGGAGAGGCGGGUCUUCCUGUUUGAGCAGCUGGUCAUCUUCAGCGAGCCAAUUGAUAAGAAAAAAGGCUUCUCUUUGCCAGGGUACACCUUUAAAAACAGCAUAAAGGUCAGCUGCUUGGGCGUGGAGGAGCACGCUGAGGAAGAUCCAUGCUGCCUAGUCCUGACCUCCCGCGGGACUGACAGCAGCGUGACACGCUUCAUCAUGCAGGCAUCAUCUCCGGAAAUACAGCAGGCUUGGCUCGAUGACGUGGUCCAAAUCUUAGAAACUCAGAGGAACUUCCUAAAUGCCCUUCAGUCUCCAAUAGAGUACCAACGCAGGGAAAGCAAGUCAAACAGCCUGGGCAGGAACAUGAAGUCUCCAACUGGCCUGCGACCUCACUCCUCGGCAUCCAUGGACCGACGUCAGCAGCCCUGUCUGCUGUCUUACAACACCUCCCUGCCCUCACUGCAUCCGCCCCAACACAGCCCGGCCUCAAAAGUGGUUUCUAGCCCUUGUGCUGGGGCGCAUCAAGAGCCUCACCUUCCACUUUCCUCCAAAAAGCAGCCCAGUUUGUGCCCUGAGGUGAGACACGGCCGCGGGACGUCCAAUGGCCUGCCUCCCUGCAGCCAGCAAAGCACGCAGGUGCAUCAGUCUGGCCUUACACAGCAGUAAAACGAGUACUCUUAUUCUUCCUGGUGUGACUGGCAGUGUCCAGUAGAGCGAGCAGUAAUGACCUCCGAUGACACAUGAACUCACUUUCCCCUUCUGGAGUGAGAGUGCCUCGGCCGAGUCUGCGAGCUCUGUCAGCAUCGUUUGUUUCACUCCUGUACAGAAGUCAUCAAGGCCUCAGUGUCUCUGUCUUCAAUAUAUUGUCCUAGAUUUCCUUUUGAAUUUCCUUCAAAUACCACUAUGGUGCAGGCUAAUCUGGAUUUGAUCUUGUAUAAUCAUAUUGGUUUGAUUGUGUUCAUUUGUGUGUGUGUGUGUGUGUGUGCAGACGCCACAUAUACACAUGCCUACAGAUAUUCAUAACAGAGAGGAGAUUAAAUGUGUGAAAAUAAGGAUUUUAAGCACUACAGAGACUGUACUUCAUAUUGUAUAUGUAUAGAUUUCUUACUUUUUCCACUGAAAACUCCUUGAUGGAUAUUUUUGUAAUGCAUAAUAUUUUCAUAAGGGACCAAUUCCACUUUAUUCCCCCAGAGAACUGGGAGCUCAAAUCCCAUACUCUGUGUCCUUAAAUGACUUAAAUGUAUUCUUGAGUCCACCGGGUGACUGCAGAGUCCAGCCUCACAGUGGGAUCUGAAUCUAUAUGAGUUGUGUACAUCUGUGCAUACCCUGCAGAUUUGCAAAUAGCUGUGUUUUCCCUUUGGUGGGCUAUUUUAACCCUGCCAUUGUUAGACUGUUAUCUGAAUGAAACACAUUAGCAAACCCACACAAAGCACACAUCAUUAUCAAGCAGAAAGAAGAAAAAGGGAACAAAGAUAAAUCAGAGGUGCUCAUCUGUAACUGUCAUCUUGAAUGUAAAUAAUCUCAUGUGGGAUCAUAUCAGUGUAACUCUGUGGUAUUGUGAUGUGCUGACACACACACAGAAUUAAAGAGAAAUGCUGUUCAAA